AUGGAGGAGUAUGAAAUUUUGGAGAUAUACAGAGAAAUAUCGUCAAAAGGCACCUAUGACUUCAAGAUGUUUUUGUUUGAUGGGAAAAAGAUCUCGGUCAAGAAGGUUUCCGACGAAAUGAAAUCCAGGGUAAGAAAAGGAAUGUGUUACAAAAACGACUGGAUCUUGAUUCAGGAAGAUGAGGAUGGAAUAGUUUUCAAGGUUAUUGAGCCAAGAGCUUAUUCCUAUGCAUCUCUUUUUAAAAAGAAAUUUGACUCAGAUGCUUAUCUCACCAUCAGAGGAAAUGAAGGCCCGGUUGGUUCGGGACUUUCCGAGAAAACAAUUCCGAAGGACCCCAGUAAGCCAGAGCAAUCUCCUGCUUCUGUAGUUCCAGAGGAACUUCCAGAAAGAAUUCUUCUCCCGUUUCUGAACGAUACCCUUCCCUAUAGUGUCCUUGAAAUACCUGUAAUGAACAAGGAUCUACUUAAUGGACAAAAGGUUAAAUCCAAUGAACUUGUUUUGCCUGAUUCCUUCAAUCCCGUUGACGUGAACAGAUGGAAUAACCGGAGUUCUCGCCUCUCUCCAAUAAUUGGAAGGGUCAUAUACAAAACUAGAAUGAGCUCUGUAACUUAUACCCGAAAAUAUCCCUAUUAUUUUUUUAUUCUUCAGACUUCCAGACUAAACAUCAUCAAAGUGUUUGUUUGGGGAGAAGACCUCCCAUAUUCCUCCAUGAAAGUUGGAGAUAAAAUCUGUUUGUCCAAGUGUAGGAAGAAACCUAACAUUGAAGGCCCUUCUAUUGUCGAGCAUAACAGAUUUACAGAGGCAAGGUAUUUUCGAUGUAAGGAGGUUAGUGCUAAGGAGAUAUUUAGAAUUGAGUUGAACGAACCGAAGGAAGCAUUUAAGUCAAUAUUUUCCGAUGCAUCGGGAAAGGUCGAAUACCUAAGUGUUUUGAAUAGGAGAUGUUCAGGGUUUCUCGAAGAAUACUAUUUGAUCCGAAUGGGGAAACAUAAGAUCCUUUUGUUCUACAAUUCAUCUAAGGAAUUCCAUGAGAUCGAGGUUGGAAAACAUGUUAGAAUCACCAAUCUGAGGAUUUCAAGGCGUGGAAGAUCGGAGUUUUAUAUUUCUACGAUCUAUACACAGAUCGAAUUCAGCGAUGGCAUUUCUUCUCCUCUUGUGAUACAGGACGGGGAUAUUGUCUCAAAGCUUGAUGACGAGGGGAAAGAUACCAGAAAAAGAAGCAAGAUGGCAACGAAUUUUGAGGAGUCUGAAGACGAAGACAACUUCUUGGAAAAAAAAGAGAAUAGUUCCUUUCAAUGUAACCUUAUAUUUGGAGCCAUGGGGUAUGUUCCGGACGACUUCUCGAAUAUUGAGGAGAUGUAUCUGUCUAGGAAAGAGGAGAUAUCUGGAGAGAUGUGCGAGAUAGUUCCUUUCAUGCCGCCUUUGGAAAUAAAUCUGAAGGACAUUUACGACGAAGCGGAAAAGCUGAUGCUAAAUGAGUCGAAGAAAUUCAUAGUUGAUGGAAUGCUGGUUGAUGUUGAUUUUUCAAACUUCAUAUUUGAUGAACCACCAACUCUCAUGGAUGGUACAUCUGUAACCUAUUUCUGUAACGGAGCCUUAACCCACCAACUCCCGGGAUAUGUAAGUAUAUGCAACGAGAUAACGAUUGUUGUUUACUUGUUCAACAACUUCUGGAUGGACGAGUUUGACUUAGAAUCAUUGUAUAAGCUGGGUGGAUGCUCCUCACUUGAAGAGUUAAAGAGCAUGAGAGGAAGAGAAAUGAAAUUUGUGAUUGAUGCCUUUCGAGCUUCAGAAGAAACUGUGAUAUUUUGUUUAACUAAGGUUUUUAAAUAG